UGUGUGUGUGUGGGUGUGUUUGUAAAAGGGUUUAACCGAGGACGCACUGACAAAAUAUAACCUUCUAACCGCGGACCUACCUUCUAUGGGGGACAGUCCUCGUUUCCAAAUAAGAGUUAAUUAUGCUUUCUCUCAUGCCAGAGAGGGCGCUCUAUAAUUAUGAGAGCAAACGAGCGAUCAUCCGCAGUUGGACGUGAAUUUCAUUUUCAGAGUGCGUUUGCAGUGUGCGAAACUGUACGAAAUGGAACGAGAGUGUGUGCAUCGAAAUGAAUGUCGCCAUCUAGUGUCAGCGUUCGAACAGCCCAUUACACACUGCACGUAGUAUAUCUAUGGCCUGUAUACGGUACGUGCGCGUGCGCGAUUCAUCAUCAGCGCAGCAUGUCCUGCAUGCUAGCUAGCUGCCUGCAACGUCCUCGAUCAAGCCGACGAUGGCUGAACGACCUCCUCGUCGACGUCGACGCGGUAACGCCGUCGCUUCAUCAGAACCUGACAUUAAUUAUGCAAAACACCUCGGUGGACCUGAUCCGGAUGGAUUUGAAACCUGUUUCAUUAGUCAGGAGAUUGGGGAUGGGCUGUUUUCAACAAAGGAGUUUAUGGAGGGAGAGUUUCUCCUUGAGUACAAGGGUGAACUUUUGACAGAAGAAGAGGCCUUAGAAAGGGAUUAUAGUAGUUGGCGGCACCAUUACCAGUACUUCUUUCAGUGGAAAGGAAGAACAAUGUGCAUAGAUGCCGCCAACUACACACAGUCUCUUGCAAGAUAUGCAAAUAAUUCUCGGCCAUCAAGGAGGAGCUGCAACUGUAGAAUCAGAAAAAUAGAAAUGAAUGAUUCAGUACAUCUAGGGAUCUUUGCUCUGAGAGACAUUCAAAAAGGGGAAGAACUGCGUUAUGACUAUAAUGCUAAACACACACUGAAUGCUGGAGGUGAUCGAAAUGCAUCAGAUACUGGAGGUGUUCAACAGGCAUCAGAAGUUAGAGGUGUUCAGUUGGCGCCAGAUUUUGGAGGUGUCCAACAGGCGUCAGAUGCUGGAAUUGUUCAACAGGUGUCUGAUGCUGGAGGUGCCCAACAGGCGUCAAAUGCUGGAAGUGUUGAACUGGCAUCAUAUGCUACAGGUGUCCAACAGGCAUCAGAUGCUGGUGGUGUCCAGCAGGCGUCAGAUCCCGGAAUUGUUCAACAGGCACCAGAUGCUGGAAGCGUUCAACUUGCAUCAGAUGCUGGAGGUGUUAAUCAGGCGUCAGAUAGUGGAGAUGUUCAACAGGCGUCAGAUGCUGGAGGUGUUUAUCAAGCGUCAGAUGUUGGAGAUGUCCAACAAGCGUCAGAUGCUGAAGGUGUUCAACAGGUCUUAGAUGCUGGAAUUGUUCAACAGGCAUCAGAUGCUGGAGUUGUUCAGCAGGUCUUAGAUGCUGGAUGUAUUUAUCAGGCAUCAGAUGCUGAAAUUGUUCAACAGGUGUCUGAAGCUGGAGGUGUCCAACAGGCAUCAAAUGCUGGAGGUGUUGAACUGGCAUCAUAUGCUACAGGUGUCCAACAGGCUUCAGAUGCUGGUGGUGUCCAGAAGGCCUCAGAUCCCGGAAUUGUUCGACAGGCACCAGAUGCUGGAAGCGUCCAACUUGCAUCAGAUGCUGGAGGUGUUAAUCAGGCGUCAGAUGGUGGAGAUAUUCAACAGGCAUCAUAA